UGUGGGUUGUACUCUAUCUGUCAUCGACAACAUCACUUGCGUCACCUUCAUAAACACAUUCCUCCCAAUCAUCCAUCCCACUUCCACAAAUUCCUUUUAAUUCCAACCAAACCCUUCACUUCUCCAAAUCUUCUACGCACUUUCUUUUUCCUUUUCUGGUGUCUGAUCUUCUGCCUCCAAGAUCUUGCAUUUGGGAUUGUUCACCGGAAUUGGAAAUGGUUAAAAGUUAUGGAGUGUUCUGAUUUGCGAAAGAUAUCAUGUUGCAGUGCUUAGAGGGAUUAAAGCCUUUAUUUGCUUCCAUAUUGAGAUGUUGUGAUCUGGACAUAUACAACCAGCCGAGAGGCCUUGAAGAUCCUGAACUUCUUGCUAGAGAGACAGUGUUCAGUGUAAGUGAAAUAGAAGCACUUUAUGAGCUCUUCAAAAAGAUCAGCAGUGCUGUUAUUGAUGAUGGCUUGAUUAACAAGGAAGAGUUUCAGUUAGCGUUGUUCAAGACAAACAAAAAAGAAAGUCUUUUUGCCGAUCGGGUAUUUGAUUUGUUUGACACAAAGCACAAUGGAAUACUGGGUUUUGAAGAGUUUGCUCGUGCUCUCUCCGUUUUCCAUCCAAAUGCCCCUAUUGAUGAUAAGAUUGAAUUUUCCUUUCAACUGUAUGAUCUCAAGCAGCAGGGUUUUAUUGAAAGGCAAGAGGUGAAGCAAAUGGUUGUAGCUACUCUUGCCGAAUCUGGCAUGAACCUAUCAGAUGAUGUUAUAGAAAGUAUAAUUGACAAGACCUUUGAGGAAGCAGAUACAAAGCAUGAUGGCAAGAUUGACAAGGAGGAGUGGAGAAACCUUGUUCUGCGUCAUCCCUCACUUCUGAAGAACAUGACCCUUCAAUAUCUCAAGGACAUCACCACAACAUUUCCAAGCUUUGUAUUCCAUUCACAAGUAGACGAUACUUGAAGAUAAAUUCUCCUGUGGUUUCAUCCUUUUGGGUUGCAGGGCCGCUUGUGUAGAAAAGGGCAUGCCACUUUUACCAUAUAUUUGUUACAUCUUUGAAUAAUAUAUUUUAUUUUGUGGAUUCUUUUGCUGGUUUUCUUUAUCAUUUUUUUUCUUCAAAUUCCGGACAGAUUUGGUUCCCAUUUUUCAAAUCUAGGAUUGGAAGGUUGUGUAGAGUUUGGUUUAAAUUGUUAUUUAUAUUUUAUAUUGAUUGAUGAAGAUGGUCGAGAUACCCAAAUACUUAGAAACGCUUAUGUUUAGACAAUGUA